CAGUCAGUGAUUUAAUAGCGGUAUUUCCCUAGCAGCAGCCAGAAAGGUAGUUUUAGAGUCUCGAAGAAUUAACUUUCGCUGCUCGGUCGGUUGUGCCAUGGCAGGUGCGCUGCUGCUUUGCGCUCUCUUCGUGCGGUCCGCACUGACCAGCGGUCAGGAUAGCUGCCACGAGGUGCGGUCCUCCUUCCAGCUGCUGCAUCCCGGUGUGAAGUGGGCUCCCGAAAGUCCCGUGUCAGGUUCAGACCUGCAGGUGUGUCAGCCCAAGGGCCUGACCUGCUGUUCGCGAAAGAUGGAGGAGCGGUACCAGGUGGUGGCCCGGCAGAACCUGGAGUCCAGUCUCCAGGCAUCCAGCGCCCAGCUCAAACUGCUCAUUAUCCAGAAUGCAGCACUCUUCCAAGAGGCGUUUGAGAUGGUCCUGCGCCACGGACGGAACUCCACCCUCCAGAUGCUGCGGGACGAGUUCCCCGCCCUGAGGGGCGGAGCCAACAGCGCUGUGGCCCAGCUCUUCCUGGACGUCUCCCUCUACAUCCUGGGCUCCGACUCCAGGGUGGACGACAUGGUGGCCUCCUUCUUCAGCCGCCUCUUCCCGCUGGUGUACCGUCGGCUCCUCCUCCUCGGCGGCGGCAGCAGUGGGGUGGCGAUCUCGGAGGACUGCCUCCGUGGGGCGUGGCGGGAGGCGGGGGCCUUCGGCGCCCACCCCAAGCUGAUGAUGACACGCCUGUCCCGCUCGCUGCUGGCCACGCGCGUCUUCCUGCAGGCACUCAACCUGGGCAUCGAGGUGGUGAACACCACCGACCAUCUGAGGCUGGGCCGCGACUGCGGACGUGCCCUGCUCCGCCUCUGGUACUGCCCGCACUGCCUGGGCCUGCUGGAGGUUCGGCCCUGCCGCGGCUUCUGCCUGGCCGUCAUGCGGGGCUGCCUGGGCGGGGCGGCCGAGGUGCAGCCCCACUGGCUGGCCUACGUGGACGGGCUGGCGGCGCUGGCGGGGGCCAUGCGGGGCGAGCAGGACGUGGAGGCGGUGGUGAUGCGUCUGCACGCGCUUGUCCGCCUGGCCCUCCGGCACGCCCUCGCCGGCCGGAGCCGUCUCAUUGCCAUGGUGAGCAGCACGUGUGCCUCCUCUUCUCAGCGCGUCUCUCGCUCCGCGGGGGUCCGCCUUGAACGUACUCCCCCAGCCGCCGUUCCCCGAAGGCCACAGCCUGUGACCUUUGACCUGGAAGAGACUCUGGCCGGCCGACGCAGGGAGUUUAUCUCCAGUCUGAAGGGUUUCAGCACUUUCUACAAUGACCUGGGAGAGGCGCUGUGCAGCCGAGAGCCAGCCGUGCUCAACGACUCCCUCUGCUGGAAUGGACAGGAUGUGACAGACAGGUUCCCAGCCACAGGGUCAAAGAGAGUCCAGUCACACGGUCCUGAAUCCAAACACAAGGCCCCCGAACCGGUCAUCAGCCAGAUUAUUGACAAACUCAAACACAUCAACCAGCUGUUGCGCUUGGUGACGGUGCCCGAGAGGCGGUGGCGUGCGCGGCCAGGAGGGCGCGCCGUGGAGCAGGGCGGAGGCGGAGGCGAGGAGGGAGAGGACAUGGAGAGCGGGGACUGCGAUGACGAGGACGAGUGCGGAGGAGCCUCGGGCCUGGGGCCUCCGCCUCGUCACAGACGCCUUCGUAUAUUUGCAGAUCUGGCUGACAGCUUGGCACUGGACGACCUCACCUUCAAUGAGCAGCUGCUGACCCCUAGGCUGGUGACAGACACCGACGGAGGGCCAUCGGUGACAGGGGCCGCUGGGGGCCUGUGGAACACUGGCAGAGCUCCCCCAGGACCCGCACUCCUAAUUCUCGUCCUCCUAACCCUGCUUGGACCCCACUGACCAUCCCAGCUAAAUCCGUACCCCUAUUACUUUUCCAUGCUUCCCUCUGAAUUCUUGACACAACUUCAAAUUCCAGGGUGCCACAAAUUGGUAACUAGCGUCUCACAGGGCAGUCUGAAAACAGUUUGCAAAACGCCUUUUAUGAAUCCUGUGAAAUAAAAUGGUGCACUGGUGGACUACCUGCUGUUUUAAUACUGUCUCUACGUCUGUCCCUCUCCUGAAUUGCUCAUACUGGAUACGGGACACAGUAAUCAGUCACCCUAGGCCAGCCAAGGCCCAGCUUGUAAAUGCACCACUUCCCUUACCCCUUCUCCCCACAGCCUUUCUAAGUGCUGUCAGAUUUGUCAUCAUCCUCUCUUUACAGGAGGCGCCCAUCUCUCUUGGCAUUUGGAAAGUGAAUGCUGGUAAAAACAUGGUUUUACACAGCAAUGGAACUCCUGCCUGACGUUUACUACUGACUAAGUGAUUGUGAACACGACCGACAUUCACUGGAGCUCCCACUGAUCUCUCAUCUCGUCAGUUUCCAGGCUUUCUGAACCUCUGCCGUGUUUUUGCCCUGACCCAAGACUCUCAGAGGAAGAUUGUGCUGAGGAGUAGCCUGAAAUCAGUUCUGAAAUGUCUUGAGGGAUAUCUAAUUUGAAUGUUUUUUUUUGGUCUUUUUUGGACAGGAUGGACAUUGUGCCAAGCCAUCACCAUCAUGAACCUGGCUAAGAUUAGAGGUGGAAUUUUAUUGUGAUUGUGGUUACUGUAGUGUGUACUUAUAACAAUGAAAGUCAAACAUUUUUCCAGCCUAAGGAAGAAUUUUUUUGUAUUGAAUCGAGGAAUCUUUCUAUAAAAAAACAAGCAUUUUCUGAAGUAAUGUACAUUUAUUGCCCUGUUGUAUUUUAUGAUUGACAGCCUGACAUGACCAAUAGGGAGCAUGUGCAUGCAGAAGUGUGUUUUAGACAUGCUCAUUGAAAACAAGGGAGUUUGAUGUAUGAAAGUGUUAUGAUUCUCUGUGUAAACUCAACC